CGGGCGUGAGGGAGGAGACGUGAGGCGCGAGGAAGUGCGAGACCUGCAGCUGUCAGGAGCGCAGGAGAAACCCGAACCAUGGAGAAACACGAAAACCCGCCUCUGUAGUGUCCACUGUGCCGCUCCCGAGCCGGAGGUCGGGCGGGGAAAACUUUUUCUACCGCCGCUACAGGGACCGAGACAGCGGAGGGCUUCCUCCUGGUCCCACCCUGCUGGACGAUAUGUGGCUGAACCCGGAGGAAGUUCUGCUGAAAAACGCUCUGAAGCUAUGGGUGACCGAGAGGAGCAACGACUUCUUCCUCCUGCAGAGGAGGAGAGGCCACGGGGAGCCUACAGGCAGGUUCACAGGUCUCCUAGUGGGGGCGCUGGACACAGUCCUGGACUCCAAUGCCAGGGUCACACCCUUCCGAAUUCUCCUUCAGGUUCCAGGUUCACAGAUCAGCUGGGUGAUCGCCAGCGGAGUUGCCAUAGAGGAGGUGAAUAAGCACUGGGACUGGCUGAUCCACAACCUGCUCCACUCUCUGUCUGUGUUUGAGAACAAGCAGGAUGUGGCGAGCUUCGUCAGAGGCAAAGUCAGGGGCCUUAUCGCUGAGGAUGCUUGGGGUCGCCAGGCGGCCCAGGAGGAGGACCCGGCGAAGUUCAGAGAUGCUCUGCUGAAGUUUGAGCUUCACUUCGGCCUCCCUUCGUCAGAGAAACUGGUGACGUACUACUCGUGCUGCUGCUGGAAGGGCCGGGUGCCUCGACAGGGCUUCCUCUACCUCAGCAUCAACCACAUGGCCUUCUACUCCUUCCUGCUGGGGAAGGAAGUGAAGUUUGUGAUUCCCUGGGCCGACGUGAUGCGGUUGGAGCGGGUCUCCAGCGGUCUAAUGACAGAGGCGAUAAGGGUCAACACUCGGCAGCGACAGAGGGAGUUCUCCAUGUUCCUGAACCUGGAGGAGACCUUCAGGGUCAUUGGUCAGCUGGCUGACAUCUCCCUGAGGCGGCUGCUGGACAGCGAAGGCCUGGAGCUGGACCGAGUCCUGCAGCAGCCCACACGCAUCACCAAAAGGAUCCUGGAAGAACAGGCGUUAAGAGAGUACGUCCUGGCUCUGUUUCGGCUCCCUCGCAGUGAAAGACUCCACGAGGUGGCGUCCUGUUCCGUUUGGACCCCACACUCUCGCUGUCAUACAGCCGGGACUCUCUACACCACCGACAGCUACCUGUGUUUCUCCAGCCGAGAGGAAGGAAACUGCAUCCUGCUAAUACCGCUCUCAGAGGUGUUGUCCAUCGAGAAAGCCGAGAGCACCAGCCUUCUUCCCAACCCCGUCAUCGUGAGCAUUCGGACUAAGAAGGCGUUUCAGCUGAUCGAGCUGCAGGACCGAGACGAGCUGGUGGAGAACCUGAACUCCAGACUCCGAGCUCUGCAGUGGAAACAGUCCAUGUUCCGUAACAAGAAAGACGGCAAGAGGAAGGUGAGCUCGCCGACCCCUUACUACACCUUCUACUACGACACUGGGUACUCUGAUGAAGAGGAGAUAGAGGAGCAGGUUCUCCGUAAUACUAUCAACAGUGAAGCUCUGAUGACGGCUUUCCACCAGAACCAACCAGGAGCCAACGGCAACAAGAGCACGGAGCAGGAGAAGGAGCGUCUGUGGGACGAUCAUUUCUCAGAGUUCGGUCGAGGCGUCCACAUGUUCCGCACAGAGAAGAUCCAAAGACUGGUCGCCAUGGGGAUACCAGAGUCCCUACGUGGAGAGCUGUGGAUGACGUUCUCAGAUGCAUCCUCUGAGCUGGAGUCCCAUCAGGGCUACUACACCAGCCUGGUGCAGAAGUCGAUGGGUCAGAGCAGCCUGGCCACGGAGGAGAUCGAGAGAGACCUUCACCGAUCUCUACCAGACCAUCCCGCUUUCCAAAACCCCACCGGCAUCGCUGCAUUGAGACGCGUCCUCACCGCCUACGCUCACCGCAACCCCAAGAUCGGAUACUGUCAGUCGAUGAACAUCCUGGCGUCCGUGCUGCUGCUCUACGCUAAAGAAGAAGAAGCUUUCUGGCUGCUGGUGGCCGUUUGUGAGAGGAUGCUGCCUGACUACUUCAACCGCAGAGUCAUCGGAGCUCAGGUGGACCAGUCUGUGUUUGAGGAGCUGAUCAGGGAGCGUCUGCCCGAGCUGGCUGAAAGUGUUCCCGACCUCUCCACCCUCUCCUCCGUCUCCCUCUCGUGGUUUCUCACGCUCUUCCUCAGCGUGCUGCCCUUCCACAGCGCCGUCUGCGUGGUCGACUGUUUCUUCUUCCAUGGAAUCAAAGCCAUCUUCCAGCUGGGGCUGGCAGCGCUGGAGGCCAACGCUACACGUCUCUCUGCCAGCACGGAUGACGGACAGGCACUCAUGAUCCUCACGAGUUUCCUGGACCAGGUUGGAAGUGAGGAGUCGUCUUGUCCUCCGUCUUCCCCGCCUGCUGCUGCUGCUGCUGCUGCAGAGACGAGUAGCAGCGACUCCGAGAUUCCAGCUGUGAGACCCACAAACAUCACACACCUCAUUAAUGACUCCUACGAGAAAUUUGGAGACCUGUCGGUGAGGCAGAUCGAGAAACUUCGCUGUAGACACAGAAUCCAAGUUCUGCAGGCUCACGAAGACACCAUCAAAGAAAACACUCUCAGACUGGUCAUUCCAGAUGUUUCUAUCUCUCCAGAGAACUUGACUGAUGUCUACGACCUCUUCAAGACGGAGCACUUCAUCAGUCUGUACUGGGGGGACAGCAGCUCUGCAGCAGCGGCGGAGGCGGCUGCAUGGCGUUACACUGACUCCGGUCGCUCCUUCAUCGAGCGUCAGUACCGGCUGGACCGGCCGCAGUUUAAGAGUCUGUACGGGCUGCUGGUGCCGUGGCCCGGGGGUGAGAACCAGCAUGCCGACACGCUGGCCAACCGCACCUUCACCCUGCUGGACCAGAACCAAGACAACCUGGUCACGUUUAGGGAGUUUUCCAGCUGGCUGGACACUUUGUACUGUGAAGAGCUGAAUGAGAAAAUCCGGUUAUUGUAUCGUCUGCACAUCCCACCAGCUCUGACAGAAAGUGAGGACGACCCCUCUCUGAUGAAGAGCCCCCUGGUGUCCACAAACAGACCUCUCUAUGUGAACCUGCCCGACGAUGUUGAAGAAGAAGUGAAGGACUAUCACAAGCAGCUGAAGCAGAUGCUGCAGGAUUUGGUGAAAGAGAAGGAGAAAGAUGUGGAGAAGCCUCUGCCUCUCAUGAACCAGCGGGAGUUCAUCCAGUUCUGUAAAACGCUCUACAGCAUGUUCCACGGGGCCCCCGAGGAGAACGACCUCUUCCAGGCCAUCGCUACGGUAACCAGUUUGGUGCUGCAGAUCGGAGAGGCGGGGCAUCGUGCGCACGGCUCAUCUUCAGAGGUCUCAGAAGCUGAACCCGCGCAGGAGUCCGCUGGGGAUGCGGGUAUCGUAAAGACGGCAGAAAAGGACUGGACGAUCAGCUUCGCUCAGAUCCUGGCGUCUCUGCUGACCGAGCAGGCGCUGGUGAACUUCUUCGAGAAGCCGGUGGAUCUGACUGUGAAAAUCUCCGAAGCUAAAGAGAAGCAGUAUCACCAGCGGGCCGGUCUGCUCUCUCUGCAGCAAGGGAACAGAUGACUGAAGAGUGACACGGCCCGAUUUCAUAUGACGACAAAAACAAUAUCAGUAUCAUUUGACAAAAUGUGAGAAGAUGUAGCAGCUUCAAUUUCAGAGGCUCAACAGCCUUCAUCAUCCAUGACAUUUACUUACAGAUAGUGACACUGCUGCAACCCCUGAACCACUUCUGCCUGUAACUGAAAACAGAAAGAUGAUCUCCAAGCCUCAGCAGCAGGUUGUGAACCGGUCGACUCGCUGGUAUCAGUAGGAACAUCAACAUGUGUGACUUUGUGCUAAAGGCCUGAAGAAAUGCUGCACAAAAAGGAUAAAUAUCGCCUUUUGAUAUCACCAUGAUGAUGCCUGUGGUUUAAGUCACGGCACCUUCAAAUCAGGAAUCCAUUAUGAAACAUUAACGACUGUUCAUAAGGUCAAUAAAACAAAACAUUAACUCUUUAUAAAUCAGUUAAAAGCCUGCAUUUGAUUAACUUUUUAAAGUUGCCAGGUUGUGAAACAUCUUUAAUGAGACAUUCCUCGUUAACAUUCAUGAAUAAGUCACUCUUAUUUUAUUAAUAAAGAUAAACUAUGUCGUAGGCCAUGAGGUCUAAUAUAAAUGUAUUUACACAUAUCCCUUGUGUAUAAAGUCAAAAACCAAAGCGUUUGAUCUGUAAUUAAUGAUGUAAAUAAAUUCAUUAUUCAAGUUUUAUAAUUUUCUGACAAAGUGUAAAUGUUCAGAAACUUGUAAAUAUGUUGAUUUUGAUCCAGAUUCUUUCUUUAACUACCCGGUGAUUUUCACAACCUGGCUUCAUGCUUCUUCUUUUUAAAGUUAUGACUUCAUUUUUGAAUGACGGAGCAGUGAUAAAGUAAAUUAAGUAACACUUAACAUGUUAGUCUCUUUAUGAAGGGCAGUCUGAUUAGGAAGUCAUUGCAGAACCGUGCAGAAGUAAGGACAGACCUAUUGCAUGCAUUCAGUGUUUUGUUUUUCAUUUUAUACCUUCUGUAUCAUUUUACAGUUUUCACAAACACACACCUCAAAAUAAAUAUUUUUUAAAACUUUUUUAAAUAACUGGUUAAUCAACAGUGUUCUGAAAAACCUGCACAAUGUAGCAAACACAGGAAACCACAGCUGGAAUGGUCUGAAUAAAAAGUGUUGCUUAAACACA